GCGUCUGGAGCCGCUGUGCAAGACUUUCCUUCUGUCUGUUUACCUCCUCUCCACCUGCUAUGGUCCUCUACUUGCACGGCUCGAAUUUAAGCACCACAGACAGCUCCAGCCUGGGCAGCGACGCGACCCUGCGCGACUCCACGACGCCCCAGAGCCGCGAUGGGCUGAGCCGGGGCGGCCACACGGCGGUGGCGGUGUGCCUCGGCUUCAUCCUGGUGGCCGGGAUCCUCAACAACUCCCUGACGCUGCUGGUCUUCGCGAAGUUCCGCUGCCUGUGGACGCCGAUCAACCUCAUCCUGCUCAACAUCAGCCUGAGCGACGUGCUGGUGUGCGUCUUCGGGACGCCGUUCAGCUUCGCCGCGAGUCUGCGCGGUAGGUGGCUCAUUGGAGAGUUCGGCUGUAAGUGGUACGGGUUCGCCAAUUCCCUCUUUGGCAUCGUGUCUCUGGUGUCCCUGUCAGUCCUUUCCUACGAGCGCUACAACACUGUGCUGCGUUCCUCUAAAGCGGACGUCUCAGACUUCAGGAAGGCCUGGCUCUUCAUCGGAGGCACCUGGUUCUACUCGCUCCUCUGGACGCUACCGCCCUUCCUGGGUUGGAGCAGCUACGGUCCCGAAGGGCCCGGAACCACUUGCUCUGUCCAGUGGCACCUGCGCUCACCCACCAGCGUAUCCUAUGUGCUGUGUCUCUUCAUCUUCUGCUUGCUGCUGCCGCUGAUGCUCAUGGUUUACUCUUAUGGACGAAUCCUGUUUGCUAUAAGGAGGGUGGGUAAGGUCAACCUGCUGGCCGCACAGCGCAGAGAGCAACACAUUCUGCUCAUGGUGCUGUCCAUGGUGUCCUGCUACAUGGUGUGCUGGAUGCCCUAUGGAGUCACGGCGCUGAUGGCCACCUUCGGCCGGUCGGGGCUGGUCACUCCCCUGGCCAGCGUGGUGCCGUCCAUCUUGGCCAAGUUCAGCACGGUGGUCAACCCCAUUAUCUACGUGUUCUUUAACAACCAGUUUUACAGGUGCUUCGUAGCCUUCAUAAAGUGCAGCGGGGAACCACAGUCUGUUCAUGGAGAGGAGCAGCCAGCUCCAAGAAAUCAUCAGUCGGAUGCCUUUGAUGGUCGGAAACCAGCCUCCUCCAGCCCUUCGCAGCCUCAGUUCCUCUGCAGCAGAACCGCCGCUCCCUGCAGCUGCCGCAGCGAUAGAAACAUCCUGUUUGUCCAUUACACACCAUGAAAGCUUCACAAUCACAUUCGUCAGUGGUCGCUUCCUUUUGGGUGUUCGUUUUUGUCGCUUUUAGACAUUGAUUAACAUUUUAUGUAUUUUCUGGUAAUUAUUACAUUGAAGAUUCUC